AGACUGUCGACUUGACAGCCGCCGAAAACGUGAAGACGGCGCUUGUAAAGUUGAAAAUCAAAACUACUCAUGUAUGAAUCGUUUUUCGUGUGGUUUAUGGAAUUGCAGUUAGUUUAGACGUUCCAAAUUAGUUUUUUGGUAUACCCUCUUCAAAUAGGGACAUUGACGAUGGAAGAUGAGACGUUGGCGGCUAGAGAGCAAGAGGAGGCGGCGAAUUUGGAGAACGAGGCCUUGAAACGCAAGAAACGAAUCGAAGCAUUGAGGCAACUCAAGGAGCAGCAGGAACAGACGAGGCAAUCGAGCACCGAGUCUCAGCAACAGUCACUACCCAGACCGGUGUUUCGCAGUUACAGACCGCUCGAUGAAGAGCUGAAAAAGUCUAGCGUACCACUCGCAGAACCAGAAGAAGUUGACCAAAACAUCACCAAAGAACUGGGCAGAGCUGGCGAACCGCCUGUUUUGGAAGAAAUUGAUUUGGUGAAUUUAGCUCCAAGGAAGCCCGACUGGGAUUUGAAACGCGACGUGGCUAAAAAACUGGCCAAACUGGAGAAACGCACCCAAAGGGCCAUCGCAGUCCUGAUCCGCGAGCGUCUAAUCGAAACGAAACAAGACGAUUUAGCCGCAGCCGUGAAUGCCCUCAACUGACAUAGAAGAGAAAAAAAAAAUCAUCUUAUUAAACCGCCAAAUUGUGAUUUGGUGUUGAUGCCCACAUACCACCCACCAUCUUUAAUUAUUCAUCAAAGAUAAAAGAAAAAUACACAACGGAGAGGCGCACACCAAACCGUCUGGUCAAGAA